AUGGCCCAGCCGCCGCCGUCGUCGUCGUCGAGCGGGGCGCCCCGCUUCCUGACGCGGCCCAAGGCGUUCGUGGUGUCGGUGGGCAAGGACGCCACGCUGAGCUGCGAGAUCGUGGGCAGCCCGGCGCCGCAGGUGAGCUGGGAGAAGGACCAGCGGCCGGUGGCGGCGGGCGCGCGCUUCCGCCUGGCGCAGGACGGCGCCACGCACCGGCUGACCAUCGUGGACCUGGCGCUGGGCGACGGCGGGCAGUACGUGUGCCGCGCGCGCAACGCGGUGGGCGAGGCCUUCGCGGCCGUGGGGCUGCGCGUGAACGCGGCGGCGGCGUGCGCCGAGCAGGCGCCGCACUUCCUGCUGCGGCCCACGGCCAUCCGCGUGCGCGAGGGCGCCGAGGCCGCCUUCCAGUGCCGCGUGCGGGGCUCGCCGCCGCCCGCCGUGAGCUGGGCCAAGGACGGCCGGCGCCUGGCGCCCGACGAGCCGCGGGUGCGCGUGGAGGCGCGGGGCGAGGCCAGCGCGCUGCGCAUCCGGGCGGCGCGGCCGGCCGACCAGGGCACCUACACGGUGCGCGCCGAGAACCCGCUGGGCGCGGCGAGCGCGGACGCGGCGCUCACGGUGGACGCGGCGGCGGACGCGGAGGCCCCGGGCCCGGCCGCCCUGAGCGCCACGGCGGCGCUGCUCGAGCACCUGCAGCGGCGGCGCGAGGCCAUGCGCGCGGCCGACGGCUGCCCCGACGGCGACGCGGCCGGCCCCGGCCCCGGCCCCGGCUGCGACUCGCCCCCCGGCGGCGGCCCGCGCACCUGCACGGUGACCGAGGGCAAGCACGCGCGCCUCAGCUGCUACGUGACGGGCGAGCCCAAGCCGCGCACGCUGUGGCACAAGGACGGGCAGCCCGUGGCCGAGGGCCGGCGCCACGUGGUGUACGAGGACGCGCAGGACAACUGCGUGCUCAAGAUCCUCUUCUGCAAGCCCGACGACCGCGGCCUCUACACCUGCAACGCCUCCAACCUCGUGGGACACACCUACAGCUCCGUGCGGCUCAUCGUGCGAGAGCCCGCCGUGCCCUUCAGGGAGCGGCUGCGCGACUUGGAGGUGCGGGAGAAGGAGUCGGCCACUUUCCGCUGCGAGGUGCCGCAGGCCGCCACGCAGGCCGCCUGGUACAAGGAAGAGACACGGCUGUGGGCCAGCGCCAAGUACGGCAUCGAGGAGGCGGGCACGGAGCGCAGCCUGACGGUGCGCGACGUCUCGGCCGACGAUGACGCUGUCUACGUGUGCGAGAUCGCUGAGGGCAGCAGGACGGUGGCCGAGCUCUCGGUGCAAGGCAACCUGGUCCGAAAGCUGCCGAGGAAGACAGCAGUGCGUGCGGGCGACACGGCCAUGUUCUGGGUGGAGCUGGUCAAGUCGGAGGGCCCUGUUCGCUGGCUGCGCAACCAGGAGGAGGUGGUAUCUGGAGGCCGCGUGAGCAUCAGCAACGAGGGCAGCUGCCACACACUGACCAUCUCCCAGUGCACCCUGGAGGACAUGGGCGAAGUGGUAUUUGUGGCUGGGGACUGCCGGACAUCCACCCAGUUCUGCGUGUCAGCUCCCAGGAGGCCACCUCUGUAUGCCCCAGAAACCCCGGUGGUGAAGGCCAAGACAGAGAACUCUGUGACUCUUAGCUGGUCCCCGCCACCCACCGGAGACCGCCUGGUCACUAUCAAUGGCUACUUGGUAGAGAAGAGGCGCCUUGGGGCCUAUGCCUGGAGCCGCUGCCAUGAGGCUGAUUCUGUGGCCACAUCUGAACUGACCAUCACGGGUGUGGCCCAGGAAGGAGAUUAUCAGUUCCGGGUGUCGGCUGUGAACAACUUUGGCCAGAGCCCUUACCUUGAGUUCCCGGGGACCAUCCACCUGGCCCCCCAGCUGGCUGUGAAGACACCCCUCAAGGCAGUGGAGGCAGUAGAAGGUGGCGAAGUGACCUUCUCUGUGGACCUCACUUUGGUCUCGGUGGGCGAGUGGUUCCUGGAUGGGCAAGUGCUGAAAGCCAGUGAUGUGUACGUGAUUGGCUGUGAUGGCACCCGACAUAGCCUGACUAUUCGUGCGGUGCCUGCCAGCCUGCAUGGUGCUGAGCUCAAGUUUGUGGCCAAUGGCAUUGAGAGCAGCGUCCGCGUGGAGGUUCAAGCCCCGGGACUGCCCAGGAAGCCCCUGGCAGGCACACGAGAGGUGCUGGCCCGAUUGCAUGAGGAGGCACAGCUUAUGGCUGAGUUGUCAGAUCAGGCUGCAACUGUGACGUGGCUCAAGAAUGGUCGGGCACUGCCCCCAGGUCCCAAAUAUGAGACUCAGGCCACCGACAGGCGUCGAGUCUUACUGGUGCGGGAUGUGGUACAGGACGAUGCCGGCCUCUAUGAGUGUAUCAGCCCUGGACAUCGUCUUGCCUACCAGCUGUCUGUGCAAGGACUUACAUCCUUCCUGCACAAAGACAGAACUGGGGGCUUCAUGGAUGUGGUGGCCGGGCACCCCGUCUGCUUUGAGUGCCAGACCACAGAGGCCCAGGUGCACGUCUGCUGGUACAAGGAUGGCAAAGAACUUAGCAGCUCCACCCAGCAUUUCACACAAGAGGACCAAGGCACAUGGCACCGACUGCGGGCUACAUCUGUUACCAGACAGGAUGAGGGUACUUACUCUUGCCGUGUGGGUGAGGACUCCAUGGACUUCCGGCUGCGUGUCAUGGAAUCCAAGGUGGUGUUUGCCAAGGAGCAGUCAGCUGGCCAGGUGAUGCAGGCGGAGGCGGGGUCCAGUACCAUCUUAAGUUGUGAGGUCGCUCAGGCCCAGACCGAGGUGACGUGGUUCAAGGAUGGGAAGAAGCUGAGCGGGAGCUCCAAAGUGCGUGUGGAGGCCCAGGGCUGCACACGGCGGCUGGUGUUGCAGCAGGCCGGGAAGGCGGAUUCUGGGGAGUACAGCUGUGAGGCCGGGGGCCAGAGGGUCUCCUUCCGCCUAGAUGUCACAGAGCCCAAGGUGGUGUUUGCCAAGGAACAGUCAGCAGGACAGGUGGUGAAGGCGGAGGUAGGGGCCAGCACCACCCUGAGCUGUGAGGUGGCCCAGCCCCAGACUGAGGUGAUGUGGUUCAAGGACGGGAAGAAGCUGAGUGGGAGCUCAAAAGUGCGUGUGGAGGCGCAGGGCUGCACACGGAAGCUGGUGGUGCAGCAGGCCGGGAAGGCGGAUUCUGGGGAGUACAGCUGUGAGGCCGGGGGCCAGAAGGUCUCCUUCCGCCUGGAUGUCACAGAGCCCAAGGUGGUCUUUGCCAAGGAACAGCCAGCAGGCCAGAUGGUGAAGGCAGAGGCAGGGGCCAGUGCCACCCUUAGCUGCGAGGUGGCCCAGGCACAGACCGAGGUGACAUGGUUCAAAGAUGGGAAGAAGCUGAGCGGGGGCUCCAAAGUGCGUGUGGAGGCCCAGGGCUGCACGCGGCGGCUGGUGUUGCAGCAGGCCGGGAAGGCGGAUUCUGGGGAGUACAGCUGUGAGGCCGGGGGCCAGAAGGUCUCCUUCCGCCUGGAUGUUACAGAGCCCAAGGUGGUCUUUGCCAAGGAGCAGCCAGCAGGCCAAGUGGUGCAGGCGGAGGCGGGGGCCAGCGCCACCCUGAACUGCGAGGUGGCCCAGGCACAGACCGAGGUGACGUGGUUCAAGGAUGGAAAGAAGCUGAGCGGGAGCUCAAAAGUGCGUGUGGAGGCCCAGGGCUGCACGCGGAAGCUGGUGGUGCAGCAGACUGGGAAGGCGGAUUCUGGGGAGUACAGCUGUGAGGCCGGGGGCCAGAAGGUCUCCUUCCGCCUAGAUGUCACAGAGCCCAAGGUGGUCUUUGCCAAAGAACAGCCAGCAGGCCAGGUGGUGCAGGCGGAGGCGGGGGCCAGCGCCACCCUGAACUGCGAGGUGGCCCAGGCACAGACUGAGGUGACUUGGUUCAAGGAUGGAAAGAAGCUGAGCGGGAGCUCGAAAGUGCGUGUGGAGGCCCAGGGCUGCACGCGGAAGCUGGUGGUGCAGCAGGCCGGGAAGGCGGAUUCUGGGGAGUACAGCUGUGAGGCCGGGGGCCAGAAGGUCUCCUUCUGCCUGGAUGUCACAGAGCCCAAGGUGGUCUUUGCCAAGGAACAGCCAGCAGACCAGGUGGUGCAGGCGGAGGCGGGGGCCAGCGCCACCCUGAACUGCGAGGUGGCCCAGGCACAGACUGAGGUGACAUGGUACAAGGACGGGAAGAAGCUGAGCGGGAGCUCGAAAGUGCGUGUGGAGGCCCAGGGCAGCACACGGCGGCUGGUGGUGCAGCAGGCCGGGAAGGCGGAUUCUGGGGAGUACAGCUGUGAGGCCGGGGGCCAGAGGGUCUCCUUCCGCCUGGAUGUCACAGAGCCCAAGGUGGUCUUUGCCAAGGAGCAGCCAGCAGACCAGGUGGUGAAGGCAGAGGCGGGGGCCAGUGCCACCCUGAACUGCGAGGUGGCUCAGGCACAGACUGAGGUGACAUGGUAUAAGGACGGGAAGAAGCUGAGCGGGAGCUCGAAAGUGCGUGUGGAGGCCCAGGGCUGCACGCGGAAGCUGGUGGUGCAGCAGGCCGGGAAGGCGGAUUCUGGGGAGUACAGCUGUGAGGCCGGGGGCCAGAGGGUCUCCUUCCGCCUGGAUGUCACAGAACCCAAGGUGGUCUUUGCCAAGGAGCAGCCAGCAGGCCAGGUGGUGCAGGCAGAAGCGGGGGCCAGCACCACCCUCAGCUGCGAGGUGGCCCAGGCACAGACCGAGGUGACGUGGUUCAAGGAUGGGAAGAAGCUGAGCGGGAGCUCCAAAGUGCGUGUGGAGGCCCAGGGCUGCACGCGGCGGCUGGUGUUGCAGCAGGCCGGGAAGGCGGAUUCUGGGGAGUACAGCUGUGAGGCUGGGGGCCAGAAGGUCUCCUUCCGCCUGGAUGUCACAGAGCCCAAGGUGGUCUUUGCCAAGGAACAGCCAGCAGGCCAGGUGGUGAAGGCAGAGGCGGGGGCCAGCACCAUCCUGAACUGUGAGGUGGCCCAGGCACAGACUGAGGUGACUUGGUUCAAGGACGGGAAGAAGCUGAGUGGAAGCUCGAAAGUGCGUGUGGAGGCCCAGGGCUGCACGCGGCGGCUGGUGGUGCAGCAGGCUGGGAAGGCGGAUUCUGGGGAGUACAGCUGUGAGGCCGGGGGCCAGAAGGUCUCCUUCCGCCUGGAUGUCACAGAGCCCAAGGUGGUAUUUGCCAAGGAGCAGCCAGCCGACCAGGUGGUGCAGGCAGAGGUGGGAGCCAUCACCACCCUGAGCUGUGAGGUGGCCCAGGCCCAGACUGAGGUGACAUGGUUCAAGGAUGGCAAGAAGCUGAGCAAGAGCUCAAAAGUGCGUGUGGAGGCCCAGGGCUGCACACGGAAGCUGGUGGUGCAGCAGGCUGGGAAGGCGGAUUCUGGGGAGUACAUCUGUGAGGCCGGGGGCCAGAAGAUCUCCUUCCGCCUGGAUGUCACAGAGCCCAAGGUGGUCUUUGCCAAGGAGCAGCCAGCAGGCCAGGUGGUCUUUGCCAAGGAGCAGCCAGCAGACCAGGUGGUGCAGGCGGAGGCGGGGGCCAGCGCCACCCUGAACUGCGAGGUGGCCCAGGCACAGACUGAGGUGACUUGGUUCAAGGAUGGAAAGAAGCUGAGCGGGAGCUCGAAAGUGCGUGUGGAGGCCCAGGGCUGCACGCGGAAGCUGGUGGUGCACCAGGCCGGGAAGGCGGAUUCUGGGGAGUACAGCUGUGAGGCCGGGGGCCAGAAGGUCUCCUUCCGCCUGGAUGUCACAGAGCCCAAGGUGGUCUUUGCCAAGGAGCAGCCAGCAGACCAGGUGGUGCAGGCGGAGGCGGGGGCCAGCGCCACCCUGAACUGCGAGGUGGCCCAGGCACAGACUGAGGUGACUUGGUUCAAGGAUGGAAAGAAGCUGAGCGGGAGCUCGAAAGUGCGUGUGGAGGCCCAGGGCAGCACACGGCGGCUGGUGGUGCAGCAGGCCGGGAAGGCGGAUUCUGGGGAGUACAGUUGUGAGGCCGGGGGCCAGAGGGUCUCCUUCCACCUGGAUGUUAAAGAGCCUGAGCCCCCUGCUGUGGGGAGGCCAGCCCGCAAGGAGCCUCUGGUGGUGAGGGAGCACGAAGAUAUCAUCCUGUUGGCCACUCUGGCUGCUCCCUCUGCGGCCACAGUGACCUGGCUGAAGGACGGGGUGGAGAUUCGUCGCAGCAAACGUCAUGAGAUGACCAGCCAGGGAGAUGCCCAUACCUUAACAGUUCGGAACGCCCAGAGCCUGGACAGUGCCGUGUACAGCUGCCGGGUGGGCUCUGCUGGGCAGGAUUUUCUGGUGCAGGUUCAAGAAGUGCCUGCCAAGUUCUUGAAGCCUUUGGAGCCUGUGAACGGGGAGCUGGGUGGCACAGUGACUCUGGUCUGUGAGCUGAGUCCCGAGCAGGCCAAAGUGGUGUGGCACUGCGGGAACACCCAGCUUCGGCCUGGAAAGAGAUUCCAGAUGGUGGCUGAAGGGCCCCGGCGCCUGCUCACUGUGUCGGGCUUGCGGGCCGAGGAUGCAGGCGAGUAUAAGUGUGUGAGCCGGGACGACCAGACCAGCGCUCGGCUCACUGUCAGUGUACCCCGUGAGGUCAAGUUUGUGUCUGGGCUGAGUGCCUUGGUCGCAGAGGAGGGCCAUGAGGCCACCUUCCAGUGUGUGGUGUCUCCCGGUGAUGCUUUGGUCACUUGGUUCCGGGAGGGCGUCCAGCUGCAGCCCAGCACCAAGUUUGUCAUGUUGCAGAGUGGCAGCAGCCACAGUUUGACCAUCUCAAGCUUGACUCUGGAGGAUGCAGGCGAGAUCGUUGCGGAGGCAGAGGGUGUUCGAUCCAUGGCUGUGCUGCGGGUCCGAGAAGCCCCUGUGCUGUUCAAGAAGAAGCUGGUGCCACAGACUGUGGAGGAGCAGAGUUCAGUGACUAUGGAGGUAGAGCUGACACGGCCAUGGCCUGAUGUAAAGUGGACCCGCAAUGCAGCCAUGCUAGCACCGGGAGAGAAUGUGGAGAUCCACGCAGAGGAUGUGAACCAUUGCCUAGUGCUCCACAGAGUGAGCUUUGCUGAUCGCGGCUUCUAUGGCUGUGAGACACCAGAUGACAAGACACAGGCCAAGCUCUCAGUGGAAAUGCGACAGGUCCGACUUGUGAGGGGCCUGCAGGCUGUGGAGGUACGAGAACAGGGCACAGCCACCAUGGAGGUGGAGCUGUCUCACACAGACGUGGAGGGCAGCUGGACACGUGAUGGCCUGCGACUCCAGCAAGGGCCCUCAUGCCGUCUGGUGGCACAGGGCACUAUCCAUACGCUCAUCCUCUCAGGCCUACAGCCACAGGAUGGGGGCCUGGUGGCCUUCAAGGCAGAGGGCGUGCAUACUUCUGCACGGCUGGUGGUCACUGAGCUGCCUGUGAGGUUCAGCCGCAUGCUGCAGGAUGUGGUGGCCACAGCGAAGGAGAAGGUGACCCUAACAUGUGAGCUCUCGCGCCCCAAUGUGGAUGUUCGUUGGCUAAAGGAUGGCGUGGAGCUUCAGGCCAGCAAGGCAAUAGGUAUCAUGUCCCAGGGCACCUGCAGGAGUCUGGUCAUUCACCACUGCGAGCCCGAGGAUGAGGGUGUGUAUGUGUGUGAUGCCCGCGAUGCUCAGAGUUCUGCCUCCGUGAAAGUACAAGGUCGCAACGUCCAGAUGGUUCGGCUGCUGGAGGAUGUGGAGGUGAUGGAGAAGGAUAGUGCCUCCUUCUCUUGUGAGGUCUCCCAUGAGGAGGUGCCUGCUCAGUGGUUCCGGGAGGGCAUCAAGCUACGGCCAAGUGACAACGUACGCAUUCGCCAAGAAGGAAGGACUUACACUCUCAUCUUUCGGAAAGUCCUGGCAGAAGAUGCAGGGGAAAUAAAAUUUGUGGCAGAAAAUGCAGAGUGUCGAGCCCGACUCAAAGUGAAAGAGCUGCCCGUGACCCUCUUGCGUCCACUGCGGGACAAGAUUGCCAUGGAGAAGCACCGGGGUGUGCUUGAGUGCCAGUUGUCCCGGGCCAGUGCUGAGGUACGGUGGUUCAAAGAUGGAGUGGAACUGAGACCUGGGCCCAGGUACGAGACGGUCAGCGAUGGCCUCUACCGCAAGUUGGUCAUCAGUAGUGUGCAGCCUGAGGAUGAGGGCACCUAUACCUGUGAUGCGGGGGACGUGAAGACCAGCGCCCAGUUCUUUGUGGAAGAGCAGUCCAUCACCAUCGUGCGGGGCCUGCAGGACAUGACAGUGAUGGAGCCCGCCCCUGCCUGGUUCGAGUGUGAGACUUCCAUCCCUUCCGUGCGGCCAGCCAAGUGGCUCUUAGGGAAGACAGUGUUGCAGGCAGGGCCAGACGUGGCCAUAGAGCAGGAGGGCACGGUGCACCGGCUAAUGCUUCGGCGCACCUUCUCCACUAUGAGUGGGCCGGUGCACUUCACCAUUGGCAAGUCUCGCUCCAGCGCCCAACUCCUAGUCUCAGAUGUCCCUAUGGUGCUUACACGGCCUCUGGAGCCCAAGGCAGGGCAUGAGAAUCAGUCGGUUGUCUUGUCCUGUGACUUCAAACCACCACCCAAGGCCGUGCAGUGGUAUAAGGAGGACACACCCCUGGCUCCGUCAGACAAGUACAAGAUGCUGCUGGAGGGUCAUAUGGCCGAGUUGCGAGUCCUCAGGCUCACCCCUGCUGACACUGGCGUUUACCGCUGCCAGGCAGGCAGCGCUCAGAGCAGCGCUGAGGUCACUGUGGAAGCCCGGGAAGUGACCGUGAUGCAGCCGUUGCAGGAUGCUGAGGCCGUGGAGGAGGGCCGUGCCUGCUUCUCAUGUGAGCUGUCCCACGGGGAUGAGGAGGUGGAGUGGAUGCUCAAUGGGACUCCCCUGUACAACGACAGCUUCCACGAGAUCACACAUGAGGGCCGAUGCCACACACUGGUGCUGAAACGCGUCCGGAAGGCGGAUGCAGGCACCGUGUCCCUUUCCUCCCCCAAGGUGAUGAUCUCUGCCCGCCUACAUGUCACAGAGAAGCCAGUGGUGUUCCUGAAGGCUCUGGAUGAUGUGUCUGUGGAGGAGCAGGGCACUCUGACCCUCCAGUGUGAGAUCUCAGACCCUGAGGGCCACGUGGUAUGGCGCAAGGAUGGCGUGGAGCUGGGCUCCAGCGACAAGUAUGACUUCCGACAGACUGCGGGCAUCCGAGGGCUUGUUGUGCAUGACCUGACCAAGGACGACGCCGGCCUGUAUAGCUGCAGUCUGGGCACAGAGGAGACUCGGGCCAGCGUCCGUGUGCAUGAGCUGCAUGUGGGCAUCACCAGGAAGCUGAAGACAGUGGAGGUGGUAGAGGGCCAGAGCUGCAGCUUCGAGUGUGUCGUGUCCCACGAGAACAUCAGAGACACGGCCAUGUGGAUGGUUAACGGGAAGACGGUAGGCAACUCCGGCCGCUUCCGGGCCACACGUCAGGGCCGCAAGUACGUGCUGACAAUUCGAGAUGUGGAAGCUGGUGAUGCUGGGGACGUGACCUUCUCUCUGCAAGCCCUCACGUCCAAGGCCUCCCUCAUCAUCAAAGAGAGGCCGACGGACAUCACCAAGCCCCUGGAGGACCAGAAGACAGCUCCGGGUGAGGAUGUGACGCUGAGCUGUGAGCUCUCCCGGGCGGGUGCCCUGGUGCGCUGGCUGAGGGAUGGGAAGGCCAUUCGCAAGAGUCAGAAGUAUGAGCUGCUCACAGAAGGCACACGGGCGGUGCUGGUCAUCCGUGCAGCCUCCCUUAAGGACUCAGGAGAGUAUACGUGUGAGGUGGAGGGAUCCAGGACCACAGCCUGUCUCCAUGUGGAAGAGAAGGCCAACUGCUUCACAGAGGAGUUAGUGGACCUGCAGCUGGAGGAGAAGGGCACGGCCACAUUCCAGUGCAGCACAGAGAGGCCUGCAGCCACAGUGACCUGGCUCAAGGGCCUCACAGAGCUCCGCAACUCAGGGAGGCACACACUCAGCCAGGAUGGUUGCACCUUGAGGCUCACCAUCCAUGCUCUGGAGAAGGUGGACAGUGACACCUACACCUGUGACAUUGGCCAGGCUCGCUCUCAGGCCCGGCUUCUAGUGCAAGGCCAGAAGGUGCUCAUCUCCCAGGACCUGGAGGAUGCUGAGGUGCAGGAGGGGAACUCGGCUGUGUUCUGCUGCCGCAUCUCUCCUGCCAACUAUGCUCCCGUGCACUGGUUCUUGGACAAGACGCCACUUCACACCAACGACCUCAAUGAGCUGGAGGUGCAGCCAGGGGGCUACCACGUGCUCACGCUGAGGCAGCUGACGCUCAAGGACUCCGGCACUGUCCACUUUGAGGCGGGUGACCAGCGAACCUCAGCCUCCUUGCGUGUCAUUGAGAGGCCAAGCAUCUUCUCCCGGGAGCUCAAAGAUGCUACAGUCACAGAGGGUGAGGACCUGACUCUAAGCUGUGAAAUCACUGCUCCGGACAGUCCCGUGUGCUGGACCAAGGAUGGGAAGACGCUGCGGCCUUCAGCCAGGUGUCGUCUGAGUCAUGAGGGCAGUCAGGUCUCGCUGGUCAUCAGUGCUGCCACCCUGCAGGAUGGUGGGCGCUACAAAUGUGAAGUGGGAGGCUCCUGGAGCAGCUCCAUCGUCAGAGUGCACGCUCGGCCUGUACAGUUCCGGGAGGGGCUGAAGAAUGUGGAGGUGCUGGAAGGAGGUGCUGUGACGCUGCGCUGUGUGCUGUCAUCUGUGGCUGCUCCUGUGGAGUGGCGACGUGGAGAGGAGAUUCUGUGUCCUGGGGCCAAGUACAGCCUGCGGCAGGAGGGGCCAGUGCUGGAGCUGGUGGUCCGGAAUCUGAGGCCCCAGGAUAGUGGACAGUACUCCUGCCACUUCGGGGACCAAGUGACAUUGGCCACUCUCACUGUAAAAGCUCAACCUGCUGAGUUUGUUGGACGACUGAGAAGCAAGGAGUCUGUGGAAGGGGACACAGCUAUGCUGCGCUGUGAGCUGAGCAGGGAAGCCCCUGUGGAGUGGAAGAAGGGGCCUGAGAUCCUCAGAGCUGGGGACAGACUCAGCCUGAGGCAGGAUGGGACCGUGUGUGAGCUGCAGAUCCAAGGCCUGGUGCUGGAGGAUGCCGGGGAGUACUCGUGCGUGUGCGGGCAGGAGCGGACCUCGGCCACACUGACAGUCAGGGCUCUGCAAGCUAAGUUCACAAAAGAUAUAAAGAAUGAAGAAGCCACAGAAGGGGCCACAGCCACACUGCACUGUGAGCUAAGCAAGGCGGCCCUCGUGGAGUGGAAGAAAGGGCCUGAGACGCUCAGAACCGGGGACAGAAUCAGCCUGAGGCAGGAUGGGACCAAGUGUGAGCUGCAGAUCCAAGGCAUAGUGCUGGAGGAUGCCGGGGAGUACUCGUGCGUGUGUGGACAGGAGCGGACCUCGGCCACACUGAACGUCAGGGCCCUGCCAGCCAAGUUCACAAAGGAAUUGAGACAGGAAGAGGCCACAGAAGGAGCCACAGCCACAUUGUGCUGUGAGCUGAGCAAGGCGGCCCUCGUGGAGUGGAAGAAGGGGCCUGAGACCCUCAGAGCCGGGGACAGACUCAGCCUGAGGCAGGAUGGGACCAGGUGUGAGCUGCAGAUCCAUGACCUGGUGCUGGAUGACGCUGGGGAGUACUCGUGCAUGUGUGGGCAGGCGCGGACGUCGGCCACACUGACCGUCAGGGCCCUGCCAGCCAAGUUCACAAAGGAAUUGAGACAGGAAGAGGCCACAGAAGGAGCCACAGCCACAUUGUGCUGUGAGCUGAGCAAGGCGGCCCUCGUGGAGUGGAAGAAGGGGCCUGAGACCCUCAGAGCCGGGGACAGACUCAGCCUGAGGCAGGAUGGGACCAGGUGUGAGCUGCAGAUCCAUGACCUGGUGCUGGAUGACGCUGGGGAGUACUCGUGCAUGUGUGGGCAGGCGCGGACGUCGGCCACACUGACCGUCAGGGCCCUGCCAGCCAAGUUCACAAAGGGAUUGAGACAAGAAGAGGCCACAGAAGGGGCCAUGGUCACUCUGCACUGUGAGCUAAGCAAGGCGGCCCUCGUGGAGUGGAAGAAGGGGCCUGAGACCCUCAGAGCCGGGGACAGACUCAGUCUGAGGCAGGAUGGGACCAGGUGUGAGCUGCAGAUCCAUGACCUGGUGCUGGAUGACGCUGGGGAGUACUCGUGCAUGUGUGGGCAGGCACGGACGUCGGCCACACUGACCGUCAGGGCCCUGCCAGCCAAGUUCACAAAGGGAUUGAGACAAGAAGAGGCCGCAGAAGGGGCCAUGGUCACUCUGCACUGUGAGCUAAGCAAGGCGGCCCUCGUGGAGUGGAAGAAGGGGCCUGAGACCCUCAGAGCCGGGGACAGACUCAAUCUGAGGCAAGAUGGGGCUAAAUGUGAGCUGCAGAUCCAUGACCUGGUGCUGGAUGACGCUGGGGAGUACUCGUGCGUGUGUGGGCAGGAGCAGACCUCGGCUACAUUGACCGUCAGGGCCCUGCCGACCAAGUUCACAAAAGGAUUGAGACAGGAAGAGGCCACAGAAGGGGCCACAGCCACACUGCAUUGUGAGCUGAGCAAGGCGGCCCUCGUGGAGUGGAAGAAGGGGCCUGAGACCCUCAGAACCGGGGACAGACUCAGCCUGAGGCAGGAUGGGACCAGGUGUGAGCUGCAGAUCCGAGACCUGGUGCUAGACGAUGCUGGGGAAUACUCGUGCAUGUGUGGGCAGGAGCGGACCUCGGCCACACUGACCAUCAGGGCCCUGCCAGCCAAGUUCACAAAGGAAUUGAGACAGGAAGAGGCCACAGAAGGAGCCACAGCCACACUGUGCUGUGAGCUGAGCAAGGCGGCCCUCGUGGAGUGGAAGAAGGGGCCUGAGACCCUCAAAGCCAGGAACAGACUCAGCCUGAGGCAGGAUGGGACCAGGUGUGAACUGCAGAUCCAAGGCCUGGUGCUGGAUGACGCUGGGGAGUACUCGUGCAUGUGUGGGCAGGAGCGGACCUCGGCCACAUUGACCGUCAGGGCCCUGCCAGCUAAGUUCACAAAGGGAUUGAGACAGGAAGAGGCCACAGAAGGGGCCACAGCCACACUGCGCUGUGAGCUGAGCAAGGCGGCCCUCGUGGAGUGGAAGAAGGGGCCUGAGACCCUCAGAGCCGGGGACAGACUCAGCCUGAGGCAGGAUGGGACCAGGUGUGAGCUGCAGAUCCGAGACCUGGUGCUAGACGAUGCUGGGGAGUACUCGUGCAUAUGUGGGCAGGAGCGGACCUCGGCCACACUGACCAUCAGGGCCCUGCCAGCCAAGUUCACAAAGGAAUUGAGACAGGAAGAGGCCACAGAAGGAGCCACAGCCACACUGUGCUGUGAGCUGAGCAAGGCGGCCCUCGUGGAGUGGAAGAAGGGGCCUGAGACCCUCAAAGCUGGGGACAGACUCAGCCUGAAGCAGGAUGAGACAAGGUGUGAGCUGCAGAUCCGAGACCUGGUGCUAGACGAUGCUGGGGAGUACUCGUGCAUGUGUGGGCAGGAGCAGACCUCGGCCACACUGACCAUCAGGGCCCUGCCAGCUAAGUUCACAAAGGGAUUGAGACAGGAAGAGGCCACAGAAGGAGCCACAGCCACACUGUGCUGUGAGCUGAGCAAGGCGGCCCUCGUGGAGUGGAAGAAGGGGCCUGAGACCCUCAGAGCCGGGGACAGACUCAGCCUGAGGCAGGAUGGGACCAGGUGUGAGCUGCAGAUCCAAGGCCUGGUGCUGGAUGAUGCUGGGGAGUACUCAUGCGUGUGUGGGCAGGAGCGGACCUCGGCUACGUUGAAUGUCAGGGCGAGGCCCCAGAUGGGGUUCCGGGAGCCUCUGCAGAGCCUGCAGGUUGAGGAGGGUGCAUCUGCCUGCCUGCGCUGUGAGCUGUGCAUGCCUAGUUCCACUGUAGUCUGGAGCAAGGGUGGCCUGGAGUUGCAGGCUGAUGGGCGCCGGGAGCUGCGGAAAAAAGGCCCUGUGGUGGAGUUGGUACUGCGAGAGGUGCGCCGGGAAGAUGCCGGGGAAUAUGCCUGCACCUGUGGGUCCCAGACCACCAGCGCCACCCUCACUGUCACAGCUGUGCCGGUGAGGUUUGUCCAGGAACUGAAGGCCCAGGAGGUGGGAGAGGGAUCCACAGCACAGCUGCGCUGCAAACUGAGCCAGGCGGGCAGCAGUGUGGAGUGGCGCAAAGGUGCCCUGCAGCUCUUCCCCUGUGCCAAGUACCAGAUGCUGCAAGAGGGCACCGCCGUGGAGCUCCUGGUGCAUGAUGUGCAGCAGGAGGACGCCGGCCUGUACACCUGUGACACGGGCCACACGCAGAGUACUGCCAUGCUCUCUGUCUGGGUUCCCAAGCCCAAGUUCAGGACAGAGCUGCAGAGUGCAGAGCAGGCAGUGGGCAGCACUGCUCGACUCCACUGCCAGCUGAGUGAUGUGGACCCUGGAGCCCCCGUGCAGUGGUUCAAGGAGGGUGUGGAGCUCCACGCAGGCUCCAAGUAUGAGGUGCGGCGCCAGGGGACCACGUGUGAGUUGCUGGUCCAUGGGCUGGAGGCCACGGACACCGGCGAGUAUGCCUGCAUGGUGGGCGGCCAGAAAAGUUUGGCCUCUAUCAAGGUCACAGAGCCCGAGGUCACCAUCGUGCGGGGCCUGGUGGACGCGGAGGUGCAGGCAGAUGAGGACGCAGAGUUUAUCUGUGAGGUGUCCAGUGCUGGGGCUGGAGAUGCAGAGUGGCGCCUGCAGGGAAUGCGGCUGCAGAACAACGAGGUGACGGAGGUGUCAGUGCAAGGGGGCUGCACCCACAAACUGCGGUUGAAGGGUGUGACGCCUGAGGAUGCCGGAACUGUCUCCUUCCAUGUGGGCUCCCACGUGUCCUCGGCCCAGCUCACUGUCCGAGCUCCCGAGGUGACCAUCGUGGAACCACUGAAGGACGUGCAACUAACUGAAGGCCAGGAUGCCCGCUUCUGCUGCAGGCUGUCCCAUGCCUCAGGCCAGGAGGCCCGCUGGGCGCUGGAAGGGGUUCCACUGCAGGCCAAUGAGAUGAAUGACAUUGGGGUGGACCAGGGUGUGCUACACACACUCACCCUACACAAGGUGACUCCUGAGGACGCGGGCACAGUCAGCUUUCAUGUGGGCUCCUGCAGCUGCGAGGCCAAGCUGAAGGUCACAGCCAAGAACACGGUAGUGCGGGGUCUGGAGAACGUGGAGGUGCCUGAGGGCGGGGAGGCACUGUUUGAGUGCCAGCUGUCACAGCCCGAAGUGGCCGCACACACAUGGCUACUGGAUGACGAGCCGGUGCACAGCUCGGACAGGGCUGAGGUUGUCUACUUUGAGGAUGGCCUGCGGCACCUGCUGCUGCUGAAAAGUCUGCGGCCACAGGACAGCUGCCGUGUGACCUUUCUGGCAGGGGAUGUCGUCACGUCUGCAUUCCUCACCGUCAGAGGGUGGCGCCUGGAGAUCCUGGAACCCCCUCAGGAUGUGUCAGUGCGUGCCAGGGAGCAGGCACAUUUUCGCUGUGUACUCAGCGAGGCCGUACCCGUGGGAGAUGUGUCCUGGUACCUCAAUGGGGCAGCCGUGCAGCCCGACGAUGCUGACUGGACAGUCACAGCUGACGGCUGCCAAUAUGGCCUGCUGCUUCGCAGUGCACAGCUGCACCAUGCCGGCGAGGUCACCUUUGCUGCCCGUGAAGCUGUGGCCACUGCACGGCUCAGUGUCCUGGGCCUCCCUGACCCCCCGGAGGAUGCGGAAGUGGUUGGUCGCAGUGGCCAUUCUGUGACACUGUCCUGGGUGGCGCCCUCAAGUGACGGUGGUGGUGGCCUGUAUGGCUAUCGUGUGGAGAUGAAAGUGGCCAGCACAGGUGAAUGGCAGGUCUGCCAGGAGCUGGUGCCUGGGCCUGAGUGUGUGGUGGAAGGCCUGGCAUCUGAGGAGACCUACCGCUUCCGUGUGGCAGCUGUGGGCCCAGCGGGUGUUGGAGAGCCAGUGCACCUGCCCCAGACGGUGCGGCUUGCAGAGCCCAUGGAGCCAGGUAUACCACCCAGCCCUGAGAAUCGACAGGUGGCCGUGGGUGAGGACCUGUGUCUGGAAUGCGAGGUGGCCGAGGCAGGAGAGGUCACCUGGAUGAAGGGAACAGAGUGUGUCCAGCCCAGUGGACGCAUCCAGCUUCUCUCUCACGGCCGACGGCAGAUGCUGGUGAUCCAGGGUGUCACGGCAGAGGACCAGGGCGAGUACCGCUGCAGACCCUUCCGGGGCCCAGCUCCCACGGCUUUCAAGGUGCUGCUAACUCCAGAGUCCAGAGCAGAGGCCUCCACUCAGCCCAGCCUGCCUCCCGAGGCAGCCCAGGAGGGAGACCUGCACCUGCUGUGGGAAGCACUGGCUCACAAACGCCGUAUGAGCCGAGAGCCCACACUGGACUCCAUCAGCGAGCUGCCAGAGGAGGACAGGAGUCUGCGUCCAGAGGCUGAGGAUGCAGCCCCCGACUUCUCCGAGGGCUACUCCACGGCUGAUGAGCUGGCCCGCACGGGUGAGGCCGACCUCUCACACACCAGCUCUGACGAUGAAUCCCGUGCAGGCACUCCUGCCCUGGUUACCUACCUCCAGAAGGCUGGUAGGCCCGGCCUGUCUCCUCUGGCUGGCAAGGUCGGGGUCUCAGCAGCUGCCUCUGUGAAACCAAACCUAGUGCAGGAACAGCUGGUUGUGCAGCGUCCACCGCCGCCAGGAGAACUGCAUGCUGAGGUAGACCUGGGGGACCCCUCGCUGGACAAAGCUGCUGUGAAGAUCCAGGCUGCCUUUAAGGGAUACAAAGUCAGGAAGGAGAUGAAGCAGCAGGAGGGGCCUGUGUUCUGCCGCACAUUUGGGGAUACUGAAGCACAGGUUGGGGACAUCUUGCGUCUGGAGUGUGUGGUGUCCAGCAAGGCGGACGUGCGGGUCUGCUGGUUGAAGGAUGGCGUGGAGCUGACUGACAGCCGGCACCACCACAUCGAUCAGCUGGGGGAUGGCACCUGCUCGCUUCUGGUUACAGGCCUGGGCCACGCAGAUGCUGGGCGCUACACCUGCCAGGUGCACAGCAGGUUUGGCCAGGCCUCCCAUAGUGCCUGUGUGCUAGUCAGUGGGACAGAGAGUGAGGCGGAGAGCUCCUCAGGGGGUGAGCGGGACGACACCUUCCACCGGGCUGCCCGGCGGCUGCACCGUCUCUUCCGCUCCAAAGGGCCUCUGGAAGUGUCAGAUGAGGAGAUUUUCCUCAGUGCGGACGAGGGCCCCACUGAGCCUGAGAUACCCAGAAACUGGACCACAUAUCGUGAAGAAGAACACUCAGUCUGCAUCCGCUUUGAGGCUCUGGCGGAGGCCCAGGAGGCUGCUGCCCGCUUCCAGGAGAUGUUCGGAACUUUGGGCAUCAAGGUGGAGACCCGUCUGUUAGAGCAGGGCCCCCGCGCAGUGGAGGUACAGAUCAGCAAGGUGGCCUCUUCCCCCAGGCUGCCUCCUAUGCAGGCAUUGGGUGUAGGCACCAUAGAGGCAGCCCCAGUGUUCCUCACUGAGCUGCAGAAUCAGGAGGUGUUGGAUGGAUACCCUGUGAGCUUUGACUGUGUGGUGACUGGCCAGCCAGUGCCCAGUGUGCGCUGGUUCAAGGAUGGGCGUGUGCUGGAGGAGGAUGACCACUACAUCAUCAGUGAAGACCAGCAAGGUGGCCACCAGCUCAUCAUCACCGCUGUGGUCCCUGCGGACAUGGGGGUCUACCGCUGUCUGGCUGAGAACAGCAUGGGCGUGUCUUCCACCAAGGCUGAGCUUCGCGUGGACCUUACCAGUACAGACUAUGACACAGCAGCUGAUGCUACAGAGACCUCGUCCUACUUCAGUGCCCAAGGCUACCAGUCCAGCCGGGAGCAGGAGGGCACAGAGUCCACUUCUGAGGAAGGGCAACUGCCGCAGGUGGUGGAGGAGCUCAAAGACCUGCAGGUGGCCCCAGGCACACGCCUAGCCAAGUUUCAGCUGAAGGUGAAAGGCUCCCCGGCACCCCAGGUGUACUGGUUCAAGGACGGGCAGCCCCUGACUGCAUCAGCGCAUAUUCGCAUGACUACCAAGAAGAUGCUGCACACCCUGGAGGUCCUCUCGGUCACCAGCGAGGAUGCCGGCCAGUACUCUGCCUAUGUUAGCAACAUGGUGGGAGCUGCCUACUCCUCUGCUCGCCUCACGGUCCGAGGCCCCGGUGAACCAGAGGAAGAGCUAGCAUCAGGAGCGCAUCCUCAGCUGGUGCCACCGCGGAUCCUAGAGAGAUUCACCUCCAAGAAAGUGAAGAAGGGUUCCAGUAUCACUUUCUCAGUGAAGGUUGAAGGGUCCCCGGCCCCUGUAGUCCACUGGCUGCGAGAGGAAGCAGGACGAGGUGUACUGUGGAUUGGUCGGGAUACGCCCGGGUACCUGGUCGCCAGCUCUGCCCAGCAGCACAGCCUCGUUCUGCUGGAUGUGGGUGUCCAGCACCGAGGCACCUACACCUGCAUUGCCACCAACACUGCUGGUCAGGCCCUGUGUUCAGCCCGUUUGCACAUCUCUGGUUUGCCCAAGGAGACUGAGGCCACUGAGGACCAGGCGGAGGUGAAGGCUGCUCUGAUCUCUUCCUUCCUGCAGGGGACCCAGGCCGUCUCCGCACAGAUGUCAGGCCCCCUGGGUCUUCCUGACUUGGCUGGUCAAAGAGAAGGACUGUCUCAGGUGGAGGCAGCUCGUGGCCACCUGUCUCUAGCAGAGGUGGGAACAGAGGAAUUUCUGCAGAGACUCACCACGCAGAUCACAGAAAUGGUGUCAGCCAAGAUCACACAGGCCAAGCUGCAGGUUCCAGGUGGUGACAGUGAUGAGGAGUCCAGGACACCAUCUGCGUCCCCCCGGCAAGGACGCUCCCGCCCCUCCUCCAGCGUCCAGGAGUCAUCUUCAGAGUCAGAAGACGGGGACUCCAGGGGCGAGAUCUUUGACAUCUACGUGGUCACUGCAGACUACCUGCCACUGGGUGCGGAGCAGGACGCCAUCACUUUGCGUGAGGGCCAGUAUGUGGAGGUGUUGGACCCGGCCCACCCACUGCGUUGGCUCGUGCGCACCAAGCCCAGCAAGUCCAGCCCCUCUCGCCAGGGUUGGGUAUCCCCUGCCUACCUGGACAGGAGGCUCAAGCUGUCACCUGAGUGGGGUCCCCCUGAGACCCCAGAGUCUCCUAGAGAGGCCAUGUCAGAGGCUGAGUACAAGACACGGUUGAGCUCCACCAUCCAGGAGCUGCUGAGCUCAGAGCAGGCGUUUGUGAAUGAGCUACAGUUCCUGGAGAGCCACUACCUGCAGCACCUGGACCGUUGCCCGCAUGUGCCCGCUUCUGUUGCCAGCCAGAAGGCUGUAAUCUUCCGCAAUGUGCAAGACAUCAGCCGCUUUCACAGCAGGUUUCUUCAAGAGCUGCAGGCCUGUGACACAGAUGAUGACGUGGCCAUGUGCUUCAUCAAGAACCAGGAGGCCUUUGAGAAUUACCUGGAGUUUCUGGUGGGGCGAGUGCAGGCCGAGUCGGUGGUGGUCAGCACGGCAGUGCAGGAGUUCUACAAGAAGUAUGCAGAAGAGAUGCUGUCGGCCGAACCCUCACAGCCACCUCCACCGCCACUGCAGCACUUCCUGGAGCAGCCCGUGGAGCGUGUCCAGCAAUACCAGGCUCUGCUCAAGGAUUUGAUCCGCAACAAGGCACGAAACAGGCAGACGUGUGCCCUGCUGGAGCAGGCCUAUGCGGUGGUGUCAGCCCUGCCGCGGCGCGCCGAGGACCGGCUGCACGUGUCUCUCAUGGAGAACUACCCUGGCACCCUGGAGGCCCUGGGCGAGCCCAUCCGCCAGGGCCACUUCAUAGUGUGGGAAGGGGCCCCAGGUGCUCGGAUGCCCUGGAAGGGUCACCACCGCCACCUCUUCCUCUUCCGCAACCACCUGGUGGUCUGCAAACCUAAGCGGGACUCUCGGACGGACACCUUCAGCUAUGUCUUUAGGAACAUGAUGAAGCUGAGCAGCAUCGACCUGAAUGACCAGGUCGAGGGGGACGACCGUGCCUUCGAGGUGUGGCACGAACGUGAGGACUCUGUGCGCAAAUUCCUGCUGCAGGCACGAACAGCCACCACUAAGAACUCCUGGGUCAAGGAGAUCCGGGGCAUCCAGCAGCGUCUCGCCCUACCUGUUUGGCGCCCUCCAGAUUUCGAGGAGGAGCUGGCUGAUUGUACCGCCGAACUAGGAGAGACAGUCAAAUUGGCCUGCCGUGUGACAGGCACACCCACGCCUGUUGUCAGUUGGUAUAAAGAUGGGAAGGCAGUAGAAGUGGACCCUCACCAUAUCCUCAUAGAAGACCCUGAUGGCUCCUGCGCUCUCAUCCUGGACAACCUGACAGGCUCCGACUCUGGCCAGUACAUGUGCUUUGCAGCCAGUGCUGCAGGCAAUGCCAGCAGCCUGGGAAAGAUCGUGGUGCAAGUGCCUCCACGCUUUGUGAACAAGGUUCGAGCCAUGCCCUUUGUGGAAGGGGAGGAUGCUCAGGUGACCUGCUCCUUUGAAGGUACCCCACACCCUCAGAUCAGGUGGUACAAAGAUGGGGCCCUGCUGACCCCCAGCAGCAAGUACCAGAUGCUGAGUGAACCCCGCAGUGGCACACUGGUGCUAGAGAUUCGGGCAGCUGGCACGCAGGACCUGGGCCACUAUGAGUGCGAGUUGGUGAACCGUCUCGGAUCAACGCGAGGUGGUGCAGAGCUAUUUCUGCAGAGCCUAGCACCGAGGGCCCGGGAGCAGAUAGCUGCGGUGGAAGUCACUGAGCAGGAGACUAGAGUCCCCAAGAAAACCGUCAUCAUAGAGGAGACCAUCACCACCGUGGUGAAGAGUCCCCGGGGCCGCCGCCGCUCUCCCAGCAAGUCUCCAUCCCGGUCACCUUCCCGGCGCUCCACCAGCGUGUCCACAGCAGCCACGCCUGACGUGGGGGCUGGCCAGUCCCCCAAGCCUGAAGCAGAAUCCAGCUGGAGGUCCCCUGUGCCCACGUUGUACGUGACAGAGGCUGACACCCGCACACCAGCCCGGCUUGGGGGCGCAAGGCCCCAGCCCAAGUGGGUAGAAGUGGAAGAGACUGUGGAGGUUCGGGUGAAGAAGGCUGGGGGUACCUCUGGGCUGCUCCUUGUGCUGCCUGGUGAAAACCCAGAAGGGGACCUCAAUGCCAACAACUCCAACAACACACUGCUGGCCCAGCUGCCCCAAAGCCAGGGUGGCCCUGGUAUCCUCCACGUGAACUCCAGGCCAGAGGGGCCCCUCAAGCUGCCCCCUUUCCAGAUGGCUGAAGAGAAGAUGGAUCCUCUGGUGGAGUUACACGAAGAGCCCCCAGAAGGUGAUGCUCUUCAGGGCCAUGACCCGAAGAUCCUCACAUACCAGGGCCGAGUGCUGACGUUGGCGGACCUGGACGACUACGUGCCACAGGCUGGGGAGACCUUUGGUUGCAGCCGCUUUGUGCCCAGUCCCUCAGAUGAGCCACCCUGCGAAGUGUCAGUACUCCAGAGGGAGAUUGGGGAGCCCACGGUGGGGCAGCCCGUCGUGCUCAAUGUGGGACGUCCCACAAGCCCCCGAAGCUUCUUCAGCUAUGUCGGCAGACCUCAGGAGGCAUCCCCGUGGGAGUCCCAGGUCUUGGGCCCAGUGAGCACUUCCUUGUACACCCAGGAGGCCCAGGCUGGGGCCGCCUCGCCCUGGAAGUCUUCCUUCUGCACCCAGGUACAACGCUCUGCCGACAGUGGCCAGAGCAGUUUCAAAACGGAGGUGUCUACGCAGACUCGAAGCUUUGGGACUGUGGGGGAGACAGUCACCCUACACAUCUGGCCCAGCGGAAAGGGGGCAGCAGGCCCACCCCAGGACUAUCCUGCUGGGCCCCUCCUGGCAAUGGUGGAGCCAAUGGACCAAGAGACUGGAGCUGUCCCAAGGGCAGUGGGAGGUCCUGAGGCUCCCAGAUCCUCUGUGGGGAGUCCCAGUCUUAGCUCUGGGGGACCACCUGAACAACAGACAGCAGAUGGUCAGCCCCAGGGCAUGGCAGCAGCUGCAAUGUCUGCUGAGCCCUCCCUGAAGGGGCCACAGCCCGUUCCCACCAUGGGCCCACAGCCCGACUUGGGCACGGAAACUCAGGAACGGAUCGUGCCUAUCCGGGUGGAGGGUGCAGCUUGGCCUGCAGCGGGUGCCGCAGAACCUCUCUGGAAUAUCCAUAGCCAUGUGAUCACAGAGACCACACACAGGACAGUUGUGUUCCAGGCUGGUGAUGUGGGGACCACAAAGCCUCCGUCCAUGCAGGUCACCAUCGAGGAUGUGCAAGCAGAGAAGGGCGGCACUGCCUGCUUCCAGGCAGUCAUAGAGGGCCACCCGCAGCCCACAGUGACUUGGUACAAGGAUGGUGUCCAGCUGGCACAGGACCCCCGGAUGAUUCCACAGCAGCAGGGGACCACCUACUCCCUCGAGCUGAGGGAUGUAGCCUUGCAUGAUGCUGGGGUCUACACCUGCCUGGCCCACAACACUGGCGGCCAGGUGUUGUGCAAGGCAGAGCUGCUGGUGCUAGGAGGGGAGGCUGAGCAGUACUCAGAACAGCGAAGCUUCCGGAGGAAACUGCAGUCCUUCUAUGAGGUCAAGGAAGAGAUUGGAAGGGGUGUGUUCGGCUUUGUGAAGCGAGUGCAGCACAAAGGGAAUCAGAUGUCUUGUGCAGCCAAGUUCAUCCCUCUGCGCAGCAAGACACGGGCACAGGCUUAUAGAGAGCGUGACAUCCUGGCCACACUCAGUCACCCACUUAUCACGGGCUUGCUGGAUCAGUUUGAGACCCGAAAGACCCUGAUCCUUGUCCUGGAGCUGUGCUCGUCAGAGGAGCUGCUGGACCGUCUAUUCAAGAAGAGCGUGGUGACAGAAGCGGAGGUAAAGGUCUACAUUCAGCAGCUGGCCGAGGGGCUGCAUUACCUGCAUAGCCACGGCGUCCUCCACCUGGACAUUAAGCCCCCCAACAUCCUCAUGGUGCAUCCUGCUCGGGAAGACAUUAAAAUCUGUGACUUCGGCUUCGCCCAGCGUGUCUGCCCCACAGAGCCACAGUAUAGCCAGUUUGGCUGCCCUGAGUUCGUGGCCCCCGAGAUCAUUGAGCAGACCCCAGUGAGCGAGGCCUCUGAUAUCUGGCCCAUGGGAGUCAUCUCCUACCUGAGUUUGACCUGCUCUUCUCCUUUUGCGGGCGAGAGUGACCGUGCCACCCUCCUGAAUGUGCUGGAGGGCCGGGUGUCUUGGGCCACUCCCAUGGCCGCCCACCUCAGCCCGGAAGCCCGGGACUUCAUCCAGGCCACCUUGCAGCGUGCACCACAGGCCAGGCCUAGCGCCGCCACCUGCCUGGCCCAUCCCUGGUUCCAGAAAUCUGUGCCUGCCGAGGAAGCUCACUUCAUCAACACCAAACAGCUCAAGUUUCUUUUGGCUCGCAGCCGCUGGCAGCGCUCCCUGAUGAGCUAUAAGUCUAUCCUGGUCAUGCGCUCCAUCCCUGAGCUGCUCAAGGGCCCACCAGACAGCCCAUCCCUCGGGGUAGCCCGGCACCUGCGAAGGGACACCAGUGCCUCCUCCAGCUCCUCGUCGUCCUCUGAUACUGAGCUCACGCCCUUUGUUCGGGCCAAGUCAUUGCCCCCUUCCCCUGUGACCCACUCCCCUCUGCUGCACCCCCGUGGCUUCCUGCGGCCAUCAGCCAGCCUGCCAGAAGAGGCUGAGGCAGGCCUACCCACAGGCCCCCAGCUGACUGUGCCCCAGGACAAGGUGCCCCGGCAGAGCAUAAUCCGUAGCCUGUUCUACCAGCAGGCUGGGGAGGGCCCGACCCCCAGCAGCCGUCGGCACCCAGCUCGGCGCAGCCACCUGCUUAAGGGUGGUUACUUUGCAAGCACCCUCCCUGGCCUGCGGGAGCCCCUGCUGGAGCACCGCAUGCUGGAGGAGGCUGCGGGGGAGGACCAAGCCCCCUCCUCAGAGACCAUUGGCCAGAGUGUCUGCACCGAGGCUAGCGAGGGGCACUGUCCACCCUCAGCCCUCUCAGGCCAGCAGAGGGACAGUUGGCCAGGGGAGCUUGCACUUGGUGGUACUGCCUCUGCCCUACCUCCACUCACUGGGCGCCCUGUGGGCUGCUCUCAGCAACAAGGGUCACCCCAGGACAGCUGUGGGGGUCUCUCCCAGCCAGGCUUGGGCUGUGACCCCCCUGCAGUCGCCCCUUUGCUUCCUGGCUCUGUCCCUCCAGGGUCGUGCCCAGAAACCCACCUGGCACCCUCCAGCCACCUUCUCUCCAGGGAUCUCAGGGGUGCUUCUUCCCUGAGUGCAGCCAGCCCUCAGUCAGGGUUAGCUAUAGGGCAAGAGGGCACCCCUUUGGGCACAGAGCCUGGCUCGUCCCUAGACGAGGACCUGGCCCAGGAGGAGGCUGUGCUCUGCCCACCUCGGCCUCAGGAAGUGACAACCCGCAAGUUCUCCAUGAGCAGCCGUGGAGGUUAUGCGGGGGUGGCGGGCUAUGGCACCUUUGCUUUUGGGGGGGAUGCAGGGGGCAUGCUAGGACAGGGUCCCCUGUGGGCCAGGAUGGCCUGGGCUGUCUCCCAAUCCUCCGAGGAGCAGGAGGAGGCAGGAGCCCCAAGUCUCCCAGAGACCCUGCCUGAGAGCGGUAGUGACUCCCCCAGGGCCUGUCCGGAGCUGAGCUCGUGGGAAGAUUGUGGCCAGGGCCCCCCAGUGUCACUGGUGCAGAUCCGGGACCUGUCUGGGGACUCGGAGCUGGCUGACACUUUGUCCCUGGACAUCUCAGAGGUGGAUCCUGCCUACCUCAAUCUGUCCGACUUGUACGACAUCAAGUACCUGCCUCUGGAGUUCAUGUUCUUCAGGAGGGUGCCCAAGCCUGCAGAACAGGAGCCACCCUCCCCCGACUCUGAGGCUGAGAGCCUGGGCACCCCGUGGUCCUGGCCGGGCCCAGAAGAUCUGGAGAUCUCAGAGGAGGCAGAGGACAUGCAGGCCCUGCUUGGGGAGGCCACCAGCAGGAAGCGCAAGUGGUCGGCCCCAUCUCACGGGCUUCUGCAUGGGCUGCCAGAGGAGCCAGUGGAGCCCGGCCUGCGGCGCCGGGUGAGGGCCUCGGUUGCCCAUAUCUCCCGCCUCUUGAAGGGCAGGCUCCAAGGGCCAGACAAGGAGGGACCCCCCAGGAAGAAGCCAGGGCUGGGGUCCCUGAGGCUGUCAUCUCCGAAGAGCAGAGACCAAGCACCGUUGUUCCUUAGAGAACUUGUGGACGACACUGUGGUCCUGGGCCAAUCGGUGACACUUGCCUGCCAGGUGUUGGCGCAGCCUGCUGCACAGGCCACCUGGAGUAAAGAUGGGGUGCCUCUGGAAGGCAGUAGUCGCCUGCUCAUUUCUUCCACGCUCAAGCACUUCCAGCUUCUCACCAUCCUUGUGGUGAGCGCUGAGGACCUUGGUACAUACACCUGCACUGUGAGCAAUGCGCUGGGCUCUGUGUCCACCACUGCUGUCCUGCGGAAGGCAGAGCGCCCCUUGUCCUCCCCGCGCCCUGACAUCGGGGAGGUGUACGCCGACGGGGUGCUCCUGGUGUGGAAACCUGUGGAGAGCUGCGGGCCUGUGACCUACACCGUCCAGUGCAGCGUGGAAGGUGGUACCUGGAACACUCUGGCCUCAGACAUCUUUGACUGUUGCUACCUCACCGGCAAGCUCCCGCAGGGUGGCACGUACACCUUCCGGACGGCCUGUGUCAGCAAGGCGGGCAUAGGCCCCUACAGCAGUCCCUCAGAACAGGUCCUGCUGGGGGGCCCCUGCCAUCUGGCUUCCAGGGAGACUGGACCUGCACGGCCAGCCCAGCUGCUCCCCAGCACAAGGACCUUCACCUUCCAGACGCAGAUCCGAAGGGGUCGCUUCAGCGUGGUGAAGCAGUGCCGGGAGAAGGCCAGUGGGAGGGCGCUGGCCGCCAAGAUUGUCCCCUACCAGCCCACGGAGCGGGCAGCAGUGCUGGGCGAAUACCAUGCCCUGAAAAGCCUGCGCCACCUGCACCUGGCCCAGCUGCAGGCGGCCUACCUCAGUCCCCGCCACCUGGUGCUCGUCUUGGAGCUAUGCUCUGGGCCUGAGCUGCUCCCCUGCCUAGCCCAGAGGGACUCGUACUCUGAAUCUGAGGUGAAGGACUUCCUGUGGCAGAUGCUGAGUGCAGCCCAGUACCUGCACACCCAGCAUAUCCUGCACCUGGACCUCAGGUCUGAGAACAUGAUCAUCACUGAGUACAACCUGCUCAAGGUGGUCGACCUGGGCAGUGCCCAGAGCCUCACCCAGGAACGGGUCCUGCCCUUGGAGAACUUCAAGGACUACGUGGAGACCAUGGCUCCGGAGCUCCUGGAGGGCCAGGGUGCCGUUCCGCAGACUGAUAUCUGGGCCAUUGGAGUGACAGCCUUCAUCAUGUUGAGUGCCGAGUACCCAGUGAGCAGCGAGGGUCCGCGGGACAUUCAGAAAGGCCUGCGCAAAGGCCUCCUUCGCCUGAGCCACUGUUAUGCUGGACUGUCGGGGGGAGCUGUGGCCUUCCUCCGUAGCACACUCUGCGCACAGCCCUGGGGCCGGCCCUGCGCAUCUAGCUGUUUGCAGUGCCCAUGGCUAACUGAGGAGGGUCCUGCCACGUCUCAGCCCACAGCUGUGGCUUUCCCCACUUUAAAACUUCGAGCCUUCGUGAGGGAGCGUGAGAAAAGGCGAGCGCUGUUGUACAAGAAGUAUAACCUGGGCCUACACUAGCCCAGCCCAGUACCCACACACCAAUAAAGCAGACUCCAAUGAA